CGGUAUAAAACCCCGCCGCGCGUGGCCGCCCGCUCGCAGUCGCCCCGCGCCCCCGGCCUCGUGUGGACGCCCCUUCCGCGCAGCAGUAGCACGCUCUCCUCCUCCUCCUUCUUACUAUUCUCCUUAAAGACAAGCCCGCACCACUCCUCCAAAGAUGGAUGAUGAUAUCGCUGCGCUCGUGGUUGACAACGGCUCCGGAAUGUGCAAGGCUGGCUUUGCCGGGGAUGAUGCCCCUCGCGCCGUGUUCCCGUCCAUCGUCGGCCGCCCCAGGCACCAGGGCGUGAUGGUUGGCAUGGGCCAGAAAGACAGCUACGUUGGGGACGAGGCGCAGAGUAAAAGAGGCAUCCUGACCCUGAAGUAUCCCAUCGAACACGGCAUCGUCACCAACUGGGACGACAUGGAAAAGAUCUGGCACCACACCUUCUACAACGAGUUGAGAGUUGCCCCUGAAGAACACCCCGUGCUGCUGACAGAGGCCCCCUUGAACCCCAAAGCCAACAGAGAAAAGAUGACACAGAUCAUGUUUGAGACCUUCAACACCCCCGCCAUGUACGUGGCCAUCCAGGCCGUGCUGUCCCUGUACGCCUCUGGCCGCACCACCGGCAUUGUGAUGGACUCUGGCGACGGCGUCACCCACACCGUGCCCAUCUACGAAGGUUACGCCCUGCCCCACGCCAUCCUCCGCUUGGACCUGGCUGGCCGCGACUUGACCGACUACCUCAUGAAGAUCUUGACCGAGAGAGGCUACAGCUUCACCACCACGGCCGAGAGGGAAAUCGUCCGCGACAUCAAGGAGAAGCUCUGCUACGUCGCGCUCGACUUCGAGCAGGAGAUGGCCACCGCGGCUUCCAGCUCCUCCCUGGAAAAGAGCUACGAACUCCCUGACGGGCAGGUGAUCACCAUCGGCAACGAGCGGUUCAGGUGCCCGGAGGCCCUCUUCCAGCCAUCCUUUUUGGGUAUGGAGUCCUGCGGUAUCCAUGAAACCACCUUCAACUCCAUCAUGAAGUGCGACGUGGACAUCCGCAAAGACCUGUACGCCAACACCGUCCUGUCUGGCGGCACCACCAUGUACCCAGGCAUCGCUGACAGGAUGCAGAAGGAGAUCACAGCCCUGGCUCCCAGCACAAUGAAAAUCAAGAUCAUUGCCCCACCGGAGCGUAAAUACUCCGUCUGGAUCGGAGGCUCCAUCCUUGCCUCCCUGUCGACCUUCCAGCAGAUGUGGAUCAGCAAGCAAGAGUACGACGAAUCCGGACCUUCCAUCGUCCACCGCAAAUGCUUCUAAGAAAAAACAAAACAAAAACCAGGACUAGUUACAUAUAAUAACGGUUUUCUCCUUCUUUUUUUUUGACAAAACAAAAUCCCCAUAAUUGCGCGUAAAACAAAAAAAAAAGAGUUGAGAUUUGGCAUGGCUUUAUUUGUGUUUCCUUUUUUUCUUCUAUUUUGGCGCUUGACUCAGGAUAUAAAAACUGGAACGGUGAAAAAAGAGAGCGAAAAACGUGUCCCCCCCCCCCCCCCAAAGUUCUACCACGCAUCUUGAGGACUUUGAUUGUACAUUUGUGUUCUUCCUUUUUUUAAAAAAAAUAAUAAUAAUAUAGUCAUUCCAAAUAAUUGUCUAAGAGUGCAUUGAGAGGAAGUUAAACCCUGAGCGACAGCCCGGCUCCGGAAGGAGCGGAAAUACACUUUUUAAUUCUUGGGAAAGUAGAAUGGCUUGUCACGCGAAUCAUUGAAAAUCCAACAAGUGUCUUUUCUGUAUCUUGCGCCUUAAAACAAACGAAAAACCGCCUCGAUCCUCUUCUGAUUUCCCUCCCCUUCCCUGUUUUAGGUCAAGCAAAUGAUGAUGAUGAUGAUGAUGGGCUGUAUAUGUUUCUCUUCUUCCCAAUCCAGUUGCAAAGGCUUGCAGUUAGCCCUUUCUCCCGCUCUUCUUUGGGGGAAAUCCUUACACAGAUUUGGUGCCAGUAUGUAUUCGGGAUCCAGUGGGGGCAGAACUGUACACUGACCUAAAAGAACGGUUCAAAUAAAGAUGCACACCAUA